AGGAACAUAGUCUCGUCUAGAGCAGGGAAGAAACGCUGGGCUUGAAUUUGUGAUUAUCUCAAAUCCAGUUUAAUUUACGAGUAACAUACCUGUUUCUGUUAAUAGAAAUCAGUGUUAACUACACGGUGUUUUCAUAAAGGGGACUCUUUCGCUGUUUUGUCGGUCGCGUGCAAAUAGGUUAGUAGGGGAAAGUACAUUUCAUAAGCUUGUGAGGUGCGUAUCCGUUUGAGAACUUUGUAAUAUAUUUGUUCCAAGUUAAAGUUAGCUUGGAGGGCGUAGUUUGAAGUCGAAUAACCGAGGAUUCAUUCAUUUGAGAUAUUCGGGAAGGGCCAUGGAACGCGAGGCGUCAGAAUCUGAAUUGGAAAACAAAGGCGAGCAGACAACCGCCCUCUGAACAGUACAAAUGUGCCAGCCGAGAUGCCCUCAGCGUUUGCUGGAUUUUCACACGAAUCGGAGGUGCACAUUGUUUCUUUCCAUGGGUCUUCCUCGCUCUCUCUCUGGUCACCCCUUCAUUCUGUCUUUCUUUCACUUUUGUUUGCCCUCGAACCUUUUAAACCCCUCCCCUCCUCUCUCUGAUUCGUCAGACGCAAGAGAAUCUCCCUCUUUUUGUCUCCCGCUCUCUCUCCCCUCCUCACUCACUCCCUCUUUCUUUCCUCAUCUCUGAUUAGAUAUACUGAUUCCUCAUUCAAUGGACGUCAUUUAGUGCAGACUCUGCCUUGAGUUGGUUCCUUGCUUCACGCUCGAUUUCCGACCAUUCUACCCUUAUUAAGAAUUCGUGUAGCCUAAUAUUAAUAGUCAUGAAUAUCUGCUAUUAGGAGUCCAAGGGAAGAAGCAGCUCUUUGCUAAUAGAGCUCAAGCGAAGGAACAGCAGUGAUAGAGCCAGACGGCGGAACAGGGAUACUUUAAACAUAAAUCCGCAAGACAAAACACUGCAUUUUAGAAUCGAAUGAAGGAUAGUGGGAAUUUAAUCAAAUUCUGAUGGAUUAUCGUUAUUCGCUGAUGCUUAUCUGAACAUUGGGCUACGUGAUCUUUCAAUAGUGUUGUUGCUGGCUUUAUUUUGUUUGCUCGUAAAUUUUCGUUGAUUUGUCAACGUUUUUAUUCAGAAAAAUACAUUUUGAAUCGCUCGAAAAUCUUCGCAGAUGUUAGUGCACAGCUUUUCCGCGAUGGAUCGUCACGACGGUACCAGCAAUGGGACAGCCAGACUACCUCAGCUGGGAGGCGUGGGCCAGUCUCCGUAUAGUGCUCCUCCGCUCUCCCAUACCCCAAACUCCGACUUCCAGCCACCGUACUUCCCCCCACCCUACCAGCCCAUCUACUCCCAGUCUCAGGACCCCUACUCGCACGUCAACGACCCCUACUCUCUCAACUCCCUGCAUGCUCAGCCGCAGCCACAGCACCCUGGCUGGCCGGGCCAGAGGCAGAGUCAGGAGAGCACUUUGCUGCACCAGCACCGCGGCCUGCCCCAUCAGCUCUGUAGAGAGUACCGGAGAGAAGUGCUCCUGCCGUCGGGCCACGGACUCGAUACGGGACUCUCAGAUUCUAUCCCAAUCCAUGGAAUACAUCACUCUUUAGAAGAUGUUCAGCAUAUUGAGGAUCAAGGAAUUCACAUCCCAGACCAGACUGUAAUUAAAAAAGGUCCAGUUUCUUUAUCAAAGAACAACAAUGUCUCCACCAUUGGGAUAAAUAAGGACGGUCUUUUUGGCGGUGUGGUAAACCCCAACGAAGUGUUCUGCUCUGUUCCGGGUCGAUUGUCUCUGCUUAGCUCCACAUCAAAGUACAAGGUCACAGUGGCGGAAGUGCAGAGACGCCUCUCGCCGCCUGAGUGCCUCAACGCGUCACUGCUGGGCGGGGUGCUGAGAAGAGCCAAGUCUAAGAAUGGCGGAAGGUCCCUCAGAGAGAAAUUGGAUAAAAUUGGAUUAAAUCUACCUGCAGGUAGACGCAAGGCUGCAAACGUUACCCUGCUGACGUCACUAGUUGAAGGCGAAGCAGUGCAUCUUGCCAGAGAUUUUGGUUAUGUAUGCGAGACUGAGUUUCCAGCCAAGGCAGUAGCGGAAUAUACAAACCGCCAGCAUUCCGACCCAAACGAACACGUCCAAAGAAAAAACAUGUUAUUGGCAACGAAGCAAAUAUGCAAAGAGUUCACAGACCUGCUUUCCCAGGACCGUACUCCCUUGGGGAAUUCUCGACCACAACCUAUACUUGAGCCAGGGAUUCAGAGUUGCUUGACCCAUUUCAGUCUCAUUUCUCACGGAUUCGGGACCCCGGCCAUGUGCGCAGCCCUCACCGCUCUCCAGAACUAUCUGACGGAGGCGAUUAAAGCCAUGGACAAAAUGUACCUGAACAACAAUAGUCACUCAGACAGCGGCACUAAAGGCGGAGACAAAGACGAGAAACACAGAAAGUGAUUCUCACCUGAAUGCCCAAUAUAAAUAUUAUAAAUACAUAUAGAUACUAUUGAUCAAGUAAACGGGCCACUUCCUGAUCUCGCAAUGAUUUUACAUGUUUGUUUUUACUAUCAUUCAACUUUGGAUUUUCGGAAAGCGACGUGCAAGAUGCCCACCAUAAUUCACAGCUCCAGAGAGAGAAAGGUCUUUGCCACAUGGAGGACUUUUUAUGUAGGCCUGCUCCCUCCUUUUAUGAGCUGCAACGGAUUGAAAUCCAGCGACCAUUAUAUCUCAAUUUACGAUUGUAGCCGUAUGACAAAAAAAAGAGGCUAAAAGAGGAUGAAUUAUUAUCAGUAUUGUGAAUAAUAAACUCCACAUUUACAUGUCAUGACUUCAGUUGCAGACUCUCACUCCAAAUGACCAACUUGAACUUUCAACACGAUUCACGGUUAUAUAAGGGAAUCUGUGUUCAUGUAUGUAUAUAUUUAUUUAUCUGUAAUUUAAUGGGAAUUGUAAAUAUGGUGCGUCUGUUGAAACUUAUUUUUUAUUUAUCUGUUGCCUCCUGUUUUAGUGGGUUUAAAUAUUCGGUUAGUUCUUCAUGUGGUUUUAUGGUUCUUAGAAAACAGAAGUUUGGGGUAUUUUUUUUCUCUGGGAUAUUUCAAUUCAGCCCUCUUGUAGCAUGUUGAGGCGACAUUGAAGCAAGUGAACAAAUGUAAUAGAAAUAAACCUCCAUUUCUCUCUAUCAUCCUUAUUCUAUUCCGGUUUUAUUUUUUGUUGAAAAGAGCAUACGCGAUAUCCUGAUAAGAACUCUUUUGUGUUUCUACUUUCUUGUUUUAAUACAAGAUGUUAUGUGUUGUGCCAAUCAGAAUACGUCUCACCUCUUGUUUUUCCCUUGAAGCACCAUAAAAGCAAUAAAUUGAUAUUGUCUUUAGAUUUUUUUUUUUCAUGUUCAAAGAAAUUCAAAACAUUUGGGACCACCUGAUAUCUUGUAUGUCCAAAUUGGAGGCGGUUUUAGCUGUAUUGUAUAGACCUCUGCUGGCGAUAGUUCCCAUGCCUGUCAAUGUAUUAUAGUCCUUUGUUGCCCAGAAAAAAAUAAAUAUUUGAUACGCUUCAU